CUCAUUCAUUCACAACAAGUAGCUAUGCUGGGACUCGGGCUGGCUCGUGUGGCCGUCCGGGCAUGGGCCCAGCCGGUGGCGGCAGCGGUGACGGCUUCGGCCAGUGCGGCGUUCAGCUCGCAGGCGGCGGUGGCGGCCGAGAAGGCGGCGGCAGGCGAGGCCAAGCGCCCGGUGGACAUGACCGAUGAGGAGAUCAUGGAGGCUGUGGUCAACGGUGAGGUCAAGUUCUUUGAUCUGGAGAACGAGCUCGAGCAGGACUACGAGCGGGCGGUCCGCAUCCGGCGGCGCAUUGUCGACGACCAGAUCUCGACCUUUGUCGACGCCAAGGACACCCUCGCCGAUCUGCCGUACAAGGGCUUCGACUACUCGAACAUCCACGGGCGGUGCGCCGAGAACGUCGUGGGCUACAUGCCCAUUCCCGUCGGCGUCGCCGGCCCGCUCCUGGUCGACGGCACCGUGUACCAGGUGCCAAUGGCCACCACCGAGGGCGCCCUCAUUGCGUCGACGGCACGCGGAUGCAAGGCCAUUACCCUCUCCGGCGGCGCGACGACCGCCAUCACCAAGGACGCCAUGACCCGCGCCCCGGUCCUCCGCCUCGAGUCGCUCUCGGAGGCCACCAAGUUUGUCGAGUACAUCGAGCGCAACUUUGAGGAGGUCCGCGCCCAGUUUGAGUCGACCUCGCGCUUUGCCAAGCUCGUCUCGAUUGACGCUCGCUUUGCCGGUAACCUUGUGUACCUGCGCUUUGCCUGCAAGCCUGGUGCGGCCAUGGGCAUGAACAUGACCGGCAAGGGCGUCGAGAAGGCGCUCGCCCACCUCUCGGAGAACGCCCCCUUCGACUUUGACGUCAUGGCCCUCUCCGGCAACGUCUGCACCGACAAGAAGUUUGCUGCCAUCAACUGGGUCGAGGGCCGCGGCAAGUCCGUCUCGGCCGACGCCGUCAUCAAGGGCGACGUCGUCCGCACCCUCCUCAAGUCGUCUGUGAAGUCCAUGGCGUAUGUCAACUACUGCAAGAACCUGGUCGGCUCGGCAGUCGCCGGCUCAAUAGGCGGCCAGAACGCGCACGCCUCCAACAUCGUCACCGCCGCCUUUAUCGCCGCGGGUCAGGACCCGGCCCAGAACGUCGAGUCGAGCGCGUGCCUCGUCACCAUGGAGGACAUCAACGACGGCCAGGACCUGUACGUCUCGGUCAACAUGCCCUCCAUCGAGGUCGGCACCAUCGGCGGCGGCACCACCCUCCCCGCCCAGUCCGCCUGCCUCAAGAUGAUGGGCGUCCACGGCUCGGGCGAGGACGGCAACAACGCCCAGCGCCUCGCAUCCAUCGUCGCGGCCACCGUCAUGGCCGGCGAGCUCUCGCUCUGCGCCGCCCUCUCCUCCGGCCACCUCAUGUCCGGUCACAUGAAGCUCAACCGCGGACCCGGUCGCAGAGACCAUGACCGCCUUGCUGGCGUUGCUGAGAAGGCAAACCUGUAAACGCGACUAUCGACUGCC